AUGGCUGCUUCUGAACCAUUCUGGUCUAAUUCCACACCCCGUGCGCGACUCCUCCUCCUCCUCCUUUUCCUGACUUUCCUCUUCCCUCCCUCAACCCUCUCUGCACGCCACCUCUUUCCCCAAGCACCCGGCGAGGUUCUUCCGCUAGUCGCCACCACCCUUCCGCAAGCCGGCGCAGCCGCGGCGGCCAAGGUUCUCCCCCAAGCAACCUCGGAGGUCGACGCCGUGCGCAAGUUCCUGACAGCGGCGGGGGUCACCAACCCCGUCCCGGGCGCUCCCGCGACCGCGUGCAGCGUGACCGGCAUCGGCUGCGAUGCCAACGACUUCGUCACGUCGCUCAACUUCUCGCCGUGCUUCGCCUACCCGACACUCCUCACCGGCUCCAUUUCGACCGACAUCAAGAGUCUCGUGCAUCUCACGCAUGUCGACUUUUCGUGCAACAAUCUGGGGGGGUCCCUGCCAACAGUUCUCGGGCUGCUGGCGGAUCUGCGGCACGUGAACAUGAGCGGGAAUCGGCAACUUUGGGGGAGCAUUCCCACCUCGAUUUUUGCACUGCAGUCGCUGUCGGUGAUGGAUUUUCGCGGGGCGGAUUUGCAAGGCACUCUUCCUUCCGGGUCGAACGCGUUUUCAACGGCGCUUAGGCACCUGGACCUGUCAUACAACCGGCUGUACAAUCCAAUCCCAUCAGCGCUUUCUCGUGCGACGCGCCUGGAGCGCCUGGAUUUAAGCUUCAACAAUCUCAACGGCUACAUACCGAGGCAGCUGAGUAAACUCAACCGGCUCACCUAUCUUAGUCUGCGCUGGAACAGGCUCACUGGAAGUGUUCCUACGGAAAUAUCUGGAGCGAGACGGCUGGAAAGGCUGCACUUGGAGGGAAAUAGGCUGACGGGAAAGCUUCCCUAUCAACUAAACCAGCUUCCGUAUCUGGAGCACCUGGGCCUGAGUUACAACUACUUGUCUGGUGGUGUCCACCCUGCGAUUUUUCGUUUGCCUGCACUGCGGAGGUUGGAUCUUCGUCGCAACUGGUUCAAUGGGACGAUUCCGAGUGGGAAAUCAGGUUACCAGAUAGACACGCUUGAGCAUCUUGACCUCGCGAAGAAUCGUUUUGAUGGAAAUGUGCCUGCUGCGCUUGGCGUUGUCACCGGACUCACCCAUCUCGAUUUGAGCGAAAACAAGUUCUACGGUAACAUUCCGUCACAGUUGGGCAAUUUGACGGGCCUCCAGUUCCUGAACCUCGAGCAGAACCAGCUGAGUGGGUCGCUUCCAGGGUAUUUCAGUCACCUUCGCAGGCUUCGCUCACUUUCCGUCGCACACAACAAACUGACUGGUGUAACUUCCAACUUCCAAAACAACGGAGACGAGUCGCCGCGAGUCGUUCUGGAUCUGAGUUACAACCAGAUUGGUGGAAGUCUGGUGCCCUUCCAGCAUCUGGCGAGGGUUGCGAAUCUCGACCUUUCGCACAACCGACUGACGGGGAGCAUCCCUGCAUGGUUUCUGACUGGAUCGACGGUUCUCAAGCGAGUCAACAUCAGUUCGAACUACAUCAACAGCACUCUGUUUCCGAUGACCAGCCUCACGAAUCUCGCUUCCCUGGAUGCGUCGCACAACCGGCUGCGCGGGUCCAUUCCGACGGGGCUGGUAUCGCUGGCUCAUCUUUCGCACCUCAAUUUGCAGGACAACGACAUCGUAGACCAUCUGCCCGACGCCACGUUCGAAAACCCUGCUUUACGCUUCGUUGAUAUCAGCUACAACGAGAUCAACAGUCACCUUCCUGAAUUUGUGGAAUGCCCACGAGCCGUCUACCUUGGUGGAAACCGCCUUUCGGGCACCAUCCCAGCCUCUAUAUCCUCCUGCAGUGCCUCUCUGAUCAAGCUCGACCUUGCUAAUAACCGCAUCAGCGGAACACUUCCAGGCGCAGCCCUAGCUGACCUCUCCUACCUCAGCUACUUGAACCUUCCUCGAAACCGCUUCACGGGCAGCAUCCCCGAAGAAUUGACUGGGCUGCGUGCCCUGACCUCACUCAAUCUGGCCUGGAACCGGCUCACAGGGAGCAUCCCAGAAGCUUUGGGAGAUGCUGGUAAUGGUGGUGCGAAACUUGAGAUGCUUCGGCUGGCGGGUAACGAUCUGGAGGGCUCUGUUCCAGGGCAGCUCUCGGAAUUUCCCGUAUGGUCGUUCCUGCCCGGAAAUCAGAACUUGUGUGGCCACCCUGUGGGCAGCUGCUGA